AACGAGGCAGCGAUUGGUCCAAACCUGAUUCCGGUAGAGGGCAGCCGUCCAACUCAGGACUGAGGGGGAAAAACAGGGACGAAGAACUGUCAGUUUCCCGAAAUAAAAACAGCAUUUCAAUCAGGUUUGGUCAAUAGGUGGUGAGUGUGAUGGCGUCGGGCAGUACGAGCAGUGAGGAGGAGAGGAGUCUGAGGGAGUGUGAGCUGUAUGUGCAGAAACAUAACAUCCAACAGCUGUUGAAGGACUGCAUCGUACAGCUAUGUACCUCCCGGCCAGACAGACCCAUGGCCUUCCUCAGAGAGUACUUCGAGAGGCUGGAGAAGGAGGAGGCUAAGCAGAUCCUACAGCAGCAGAAGUCCAACUCUCGCUCCGACUCCCGUGAGGAUGAGGUGUCUCCUCCCAUGAAUCCCGUGGUGAAGGGGCGGCGGCGGCGCGGUGCCAUCAGCGCCGAGGUCUACACAGAGGAAGACGCCGCCUCCUACGUCAGAAAGGUCAGGGGGGGUCAGCCCUCAGCCAAUCACGCAUCGCUACAGGUUAUUCCUAAAGACUACAAAACGAUGGCCGCCCUGGCUAAAGCCAUCGAGAAGAACGUGCUGUUUGCUCACCUGGACGACAACGAGAGAAGCGACAUCUUUGACGCCAUGUUUUCUGUUACCUACAUCACCGGGGAGACGGUCAUUCAGCAAGGUGACGAGGGAGACAACUUCUACGUCGUUGACCAGGGAGAGAUGGAUGUGUAUGUGAACAAUGAGUGGGUGACCAAUAUUGGGGAGGGGGGCAGCUUUGGCGAGCUAGCCCUGAUCUAUGGGACCCCAAGGGCCGCCACGGUCCGAGCCAAGAGCAACGUCAAACUGUGGGGCAUCGACAGGGACAGUUACAGGAGGAUACUCAUGGGAAGCACUUUGAGAAAGCGUAAGAUGUAUGAGGAAUUCCUCAGCAAGGUGUCCAUUUUAGAGUCUCUGGACAAGUGGGAGAGGCUGACGGUAGCUGAUUCUCUGGAGAACGUUCAGUUUGAAGACGGACAGAAGAUCGUGGUUCAGGGUGAACCUGGAGAUGAGUUCUUCAUCAUCCUGGAGGGUUCAGCGGCUGUGCUCCAGAGACGGUCAGAGAAUGAAGAGUUUGUGGAGGUGGGCAGACUGGGGCCCUCCGACUAUUUUGGUGAGAUCGCCCUGUUGAUGAACCGUCCCCGUGCUGCGACCGUGGUCUCCCGCGGCCCUCUGAAGUGUGUGAAGCUGGACCGCCCGCGCUUCGAACGCGUUCUGGGGCCCUGCUCAGACAUACUGAAGAGGAACAUUCAGCAGUACAACAGCUUCGUCUCUCUCUCCGUCUGAGUCCCUCCGUUCCUCUAUCUCUCUCUCCGUCCCUCCAUUCCUCUAUCUCUCUCUCCGUCCCUCCAUUCCUCUAUCUCUCUCUCCGUCCCUCCAUUCUUCUAUCGCUCCAUCUCGCCCCCCCCCCUCUGGCUCCUCCCUCCCCUUAACAACUGGUUCCACCAAUGAUCUGUUUGUUUUCUUCAUGUUUCCUCCCCUCCACCCGGGGCUCCAGAUCACCUGGGUCUUUGUUGUUGAACUGGUGUUAUUGUAUUUUGUUAUGAACCCAGAUUCAUUUGAUUGGACAUGUAUGUGAUGAGCUCUGUUGGGGGGGCACAAUAUUUCUGUAGUAUUUUAAUGUCGACUAUGAAGGCAGGAUGAGUUGUCUCUGUCGUGUUCAGACGGCAACAGGUCAGGGUGGGGUCAAAACGUGACCAGAGAGGGUCUGUUCAGACCCAGGGUUCCAAUAGAAUUACAAUGUGGUUCCAUUGGGGUUCCAUUGGGGUUCCAUUACUGUUCACCCAGUGUUCUCUCUGACACCGGGUCAAAACGAAGACCGUGUCAUGUCUGGACUAGACACCAUGAGUCUGUCCUGGUUAGGAUCCAGAAGACCUUGUAAUGUGUGGACUAGAGACACCAUGAGUCUGUCCUGGUUAGGAUCCAGAAGACCUUGUAAUGUGUGGACUAGAGACACCAUGAGUCUGUCCUGGUUAGGAUCCAGAAGACCUUGUAAUGUGUGGACUAGAGACACCAUGAGUCUGUCCUGGUUAGGAUCCAGAAGACCUUGUAAUGUGUGGACUAGAGACACCAUGAGUCUGUCCUGGUUAGGAUCCAGAAGACCUUGUAAUGUGUGGACUAGAGACACCAUGAGUCUGUCCUGGUUAGGAUCCAGAAGACCUUGUAAUGUGUGGACUAGAGACACCAUGAGUCUGGAGUUUUCUGGAAUGUUCUUUGAGGGUACUAAGAAGCUGUGGUUUUUACACCAUGAGGUUGAUGUUGAGGGAGGGUGUCCCAGGUCCAGGGGUGUGGCUGCUCUCUCCCUAUUGGCUGUGGUUUUUACACCAUGAGGUUGAGGGAGGGUGUCCAGGGGUGUGGCUGCUCUCUCCCUAUUGGAAGUUAUUCUAUCUCUCUACCCCCCUUUCUCUCUCUUUCCCAUCUGGUUUCCCCUCUUUCCCAUCUGGUUUCCCCCCCUUUCUCUCUCUUUCCCAUCUGGUUUCCCCUCUUGUUUUCCCCUCUUUCUCUCUCUUUCCCAUCUGGUUUCCCCUCUUGUUUUCCCCUCUUUCUCUCUCUUUCCCAUCUGGUUUCCCCCCCUUUCUCUCUUUCCCAUCUGGUUUCCCCUCUUUCCCAUCUGGUUUCCCCCCUUUCUCUCUUUCCCAUCUGGUUUCCCCUCUUUCCCAUCUGGUUUCCCCCCUUUCCCAUCUGGUUUUCCCCCUUUCCCAUCUGGUUUUCCCCCCCUUUCUCUCUCUUUCCCAUCUGGUUUCCCCUCUUUCCCAUCUGGUUUUCCCCCCUUUCUCUCUCUUUCCCAUCUGGUUUCUUCCCCAUCUGGUUUCCCCCCCUUUCUCCCACCCCGGUCGUUGGGAUAGAUCUUAUACGUGUCAUUGUGUCUAGGUGUGUUAAAAUGCUCUGUUCAGGAAAAGGGAAAACAACUUUUAUUCUACUCUACCUAUUUACUGCUCACAGAAAGCAGCUCUGGACUGAACAUAGAGUUCCUCUGGACAGGGUGAUCAGUCUUAAGGGAUAUUCAGUAUUUCACUUUGUGCUUCAUGUGUCCAUUUAGCUUCUAAAUAAGAGGUUUUUAUAACAGGUGAUGGUUGUGAGGAAAGCAUGUUAUACAACUCGACGUUAAUUCAACCUCUCUAGUUGAAUGGAGAAUGUGGACCGUUCUGAUAUCAACCCUGGUGGGUUUAAUAGUGUUUCAUCCUGUGGAUGGUACAUGUCCAGUGUCAUACAUGGCUUCCUAAACACCCCUAUCUUUUUCUAAUGUUUCUGACAUGGGGAGGUCUGUUUCUGAGAGCGGCUGUUUUCUCUGUGUCUCUCUCUCUGUCUCUCUCUCUGUCUCUCUCUCUCCGUCUGUCUCUCUGUGUGUGUCUCGCUCGCUCGCUCGCUCUCUCUCGCUCUCUCUCAUUAUAAACGUAUCUUUGAGAAGUGCCUGGUUGAGUUCUAUCGCCACUCUCUCUCUUAGAAUUCACAAUUAGAACCUAAAGCAUUCCGGUUCCACACCGUCAUGGAGUCUCAAGUGUUUUCAAUGUUUGGGGUCUAAACAUUUAUCUAACCAUUUUUUUAGUUUGAACCAUUUCUGUUGUGUUUUGAAAAACCCAUGUUUGUUCUAAUCCCAACUACUGUAUAUCGUUGUCAACUGGACAUUUGCCAUUUUUUUUGAAUUUUGCUGAAUAUUUUGUAAUGUACUAUAUAGUAUACGGUUAGCAUAAGACUCCCUCUCUCUCCAGCCCAACGCUGUCCAACGUGUUACUGCGGUUAUUUUCAUGGACAUUUAUAAAGGAAUCCAUCAAAACUGUGAUGUAUAGAGAUGUGGAUACAAAUCAUUCCUGUAUAGACUAGUCCUCUGAAAGGAACUGUUUGAAUCAAUCUGUUGUUAUGGAUGUGUUCCAAAUGGAACCCUAUUCCAUGCUGGAUGUGUUCCAAAUGGAACCCUAUUCCAUGCUGGAUGUGUUCCAAAUGGAACCCUAUUCCAUGCUGGAUGUGUUCCAAAUGGAACCCUAUUCCAUGCUGGAUGUGUUCCAAAUGGAACCCUAUUCCAUGCUGGAUGUGUUCCAAAUGGAACCCUAUUCCAUGCUGGAUGUGUUCCAAAUGGAACCCUAUUCCAUGCUGGAUGUGUUCCAAAUGGAACCCUAUUCAGUGGUGGAUGUGUUCCAAAUGGAACCCUAUUCAGUGGUGGAUGUGUUCCAAAUGGAACCCUAUUCAGUGGUGGAUGUGUUCCAAAUGGAACCCUAUUCAGUGGUGGAUGUGUUCCAAAUGGAACCCUAUUCCCUUUAUAGUGCACUGCCUUUGACUAAGUAGUGCACUAUAUAGGCAAUAGGGGUGCCAUUUUGGAAGCAUGCAGGGUUUUAUUUCCACCAUGGUGUGUAAGUCCUGGAUAAGGCGUCUCCAGCUGAACUAGGAUCAGGCUGGAAUGGACACGGCCCUGCUACAUCUCAUGGUUGAUCCAUUUCUGGUGUUUUUACAUUUUUACUGUUCAACUGUCCUUGGUGUCUUGUGUUUAAUAAAUUAGACUUGUUUUAUUUGUCAGGCUGUGUGCGUGUCUGAAAUGUCACUCUGUUUCCUAUAUAUAAAGCCCCAUAGGCUCUGGUCAAAAGUAGUGCACUUUAUAGGGAAUAGGGUGCCUUUUCAGACACACAGUGUAUCUAGUUGAUGCCCUGCACCCAAUGUUGAAAUAAUGUUAGUUGAUGGUUUUCAUGGGGGGAAUCUAGAACUCUAGCAGUGGGAGGACUUGGGGGAAUCUAGAACUCUAGCAGUGGGAGGACUUGGGGGAAAUCUAGAACUCUAGCAGUGGGAGGACUUGGGGGAAAUCUAGAACUCUAGCAGUGGGAGGACUUGGGGGAAUCUAGAACUCUAGCAGUGGGAGGACUUGGGGGAAUCUAGAACUCUAGCAGUGGGAGGACUUGGGGGAAUCUAGAACUCUAGCAGUAGGAGGACUUGGGGGAAUCUAGAACUCUGGCAGUGGGAGGACUUGGGGGAAUCUAGAACUCUGGCAGUGGGAGGACUUGGGGGAAUCUAGAACUCUGGCAGUGGGAGGACUUGGGGGAAUCUAGAACUCUGGCAGUGGGAGGACUUGGGGGAAUCUAGAACUCUAGCAGUGGGAGGAAUUUAGCAGUGGGAGGACUUGGGGGAAUCUAGAACUCUGGCAGUGGGAGGACUUGGGGGAAUCUAGAACUCUGGCAGUGGGAGGAUUUGGUGGAAUCUAGAAUGUGUGGCUAUUGUCAUCUCUUUCUCACACACUGAUUUGAUGUGUUAUGUUCCAAUCAGAGUCAAACAGCUUUCUAUCCCUUUUAUAUUAGUGGUUUGUGUCUCAUUCCAUGUUUUUAAUAUAUUUGUAGAUCAUUCAGUCUUUAACAACCAGGGUUGCAAAAUUCAGGUUAUUUUCCUGGUUGGAGUUCUGGGGAAACUUGGGAAAGUUACCGUCAUUCUGAAACCUUACUAACUACAGUGUUCUGUCUAUAGAUGAACGGUCAGUAAGGUGUUUCUGACCAUUAUAGCUUUACCGGGGUCUGUGUGCCACACAGCCACUGUAAGUACAGUAACUGUAAGGCGCAGGAUGUACGAGAACCCAAACAGUCCGAGACGUUGACUAUAGUUUUGCCUUCGGUCAUGUGAUCAUGGCUUAUAGAACAGAGGUCCACAGCUCAGGUUUUCACUUGUCCCCUGGCACUAAGUUGAUUAAGUAAUAUCAUUGAUUGGAUAGAGUACACACACACACACACACACCUGGUGGCCCAGGUCAAAAUUAGUCUGUUAUUUAAAGUUAGACUCUGUGAAAUGAUGUUGCCACGAGCAACACCGCAGAUACUAAGAUGAGCGAGAUGCAACACUUCUCUCUCACACAGUCACACACAGUAUCUGAACACAUGUUCACUUCAGAGUGAUGUUGCUUCUAGCUUGGUGGCCAUGAUUUCUUUGUAGAAACAGAAUGGAAACCGUGUGUGUGUGAGAGAGUGUAGAGGCGUGAGGGACAGGAGCUUGCCAUUGAUUGGUCAGGAGGAGAAGACAUACUGUAGUUUGUGUCAAUGAAAUUUGAGAUGGAAAAACCAAAACAGGGGACAAGUUGAGCCUCGUGCUUCAAUGCUCUUAGUUGUGUAAAUUGACCCACUGUGCUGUUUACUGUCUACAUCUCUGCCACAUCACUGAGGCCACCUUUAAACGGUUAGUAAGGAAAGCAGCAUGCAGAUGGCCCCCGGGACCGCAGAUGGCCCCCGAGACCGCAGAUGGCCCACGGGACCGCAGAUGGCCCACGGGACCGCAGAUGGCCCAUGGGACCACAGCUGUGCACCCCUGCUUUAGAGUCAUAAUCUGUGUCCCAAAUCAACCCCUAGCCCCUAUUCCUACGUCCUACCCUUUUGCGGCACUAGUGCAGAACUGAGAGGAUUGGAUGGGUAUCAGCAAUAUAAUAAUUUAUUAGACUCUUAUAGUGCUAUUCGUUAUUACAUAAAGAAUCUCAAAAGUGCUUUAAAAGCAAAAAAAAAAAAGACUAGAAAUGUAGAAAACAACAUCGUUCAUGAGAUGGGGAGUUCAUGAGAGGGUCGGGAAGUUCACGGGUUGAGGGGUCAUCGGAGGGAGGUUGUCGGAGGGGAAAGGCGUAGAUGGUCUCUGGAGCAAGUCCAGGGGCAGACGGGCAGCACGGUGUCAUCGAGGUGGAGCAAAACUCCACCUAUCAGAGGGCACGGUGGAGCUGUUACCAUAUGGCUUGUACCUAUCCAAUCCUUUCCUAUCUAGAGUAGGGAAUAGGGGUCAAGGUUUUUGGUUUAGGAUUCUGUUUAGUGCUCCCAAUUCUUCGGCUUCGUCCCAAUUCUCUUCCUUGCUCACAUAGUGUGUCCACUUGGCUUGCACACUCCCUGUCGUAGAUUUAAAAGCAUGGGAUUGGUAUAAGCAUUGCCUGGAGGGAGGGGGGGGGGGGGAGUUUCCAUCAUUGCUAAGUCCAUGCAACAACAACAAAAAAGUGUGCAAGUGCACACUUCAGGAGAGGGAAAAAAGGUUGGUGGUUUGGGACGUGGCCUUCAAGCUCUCAUUGACGUUGGACAAGGCCUGUGGGAUGUGUCCAAAAUGGACCCUUUCUCCUUCUAUAGUGCACUACUCUAGAGCCCUGGUCAGGAAUAGGGUGUCUGUUUAGGGAAGAGGAAGUGGUCUAUGUAGGGAAUAGGGUGUCUGUUUAGGGAAGAGGAAGUGGUCUAUGUAGGGAAUAGGGUGUCUGUUUAGGGAAGAGGAAGUGGUCUAUGUAGGGAAUAGGGUGUCUGUUUAGGGAAGAGGAAGUGGUCUAUGUAGGGAAUAGGGUGUCUGUUUAGGGAAGAGGAAGUGGUCUAUGUAGGGAAUAGGGUGUCUGUUUAGGGAAGAGGGUGGCCAAAGGACCAUUUUAUUAUGAUGAUGAUGAUGAUGACUGUACAAGGUUUGCUUUACUGUUUGUGCUCAGUUCUAAUCCUUUUGGUUUAGGUUGUUUCCUAAUGGCAGGUCAAGCAAUAAAACGAAUACAUUGUUA